CAGUGUAUGAAAGGUUCAAAAUGUAAGUAUAUCCACAACCGGUCCAGAAUAAGGGUGUGCCAGCAGAACUUGGUGGGAAAAUGUACGAACCACAACUGCUUGUUCUGUCAUGAUAUCAACGAGUUCAACACACCUGUCUGUCGGUACUAUAUAGAAGGUAAGUGCACCAACCUGGCGUGCAAGUUCAUGCACCAUAAGCCCCCACACUAUGGAGAGCUUGGCUACGAAGUGUGGGUGUGCCGCCCAUUUGCGGUUGGUGGCUGGUGUAGUCGUGGCCAACAAUGUCCGUUUAUUCAUCUAUUCAAUUGUCCAGAUUUUGAAGAAGAUGGCAAUUGUCCAAGAGGAAAAUCGUGCUAUUUGGCGCAUCCAACAACAAUAAGGACCCAAGAGUUAAUCGAGACUCCAAUGACCACCUACGUACGCGAAGAUGGAGAUGAUAUAGUCGUAGAUGAAAAGGAGAAAAAAAUCUUGAUCAAUAGCUACACUGUUGAUCCAGAUGUUCUUCUCCAUUCACGCGAGGGAAAGAAGUAUGAUUUCUACAUCGAUCAGAAAGCGGCCGAUGAAAAGAACGGUGACAUGGCAUCUGUCUCCGAAAACCAAGAGUUUAUGAUUGUAUUUUCGGACUUGGAUGAAAGUUCCGACUUCUCGUCAGACGAAGAAGAUAGCAGCAGGAAUACGGAAUCGUUGUCAAGGAACAACGACUAUGUUCUGUUGUGA